CAUACAACCACCAUGUCGCACGCACGCAUAGAAGAAGUCAGCGAUAGCGACCUCGACUCCGACCCCCCAGAAGAAGACAUCGACGAUCUAGACUCCGACUUCGACGAACGCGACAUCCUCAAGCGUCGCGAGCCCGCAGCAAGCAAACCAAAGCCAUCACCCUCCCAAGCCGCCCAAUCACUUAUCAAUCCCUCUAACAUCCCCUCGCGAACCACUACUAUCGCCUCAGAUGGCACCCAGUUCCAGACUACCGUGGAUGAGGCGAAGUACAAGGACUUUGCAUGUAUAUACCCAGUGUAUUUCGAUGCGAUGAGAAGUCGGAAGGAGGGCAGAAUGGUGGGGAAAGAGUUGGCGGUUAAGAAUCCGAUGGCGAGGGAUAUUGUUACUGCUGUUGGACGAUUGGGACUAGAGACGCUUUUUGAGCCGGCGAAGAUACAUCCCAAGGAUUGGGCGAAUCCAGGGAGAGUGAAAGUAAAGGUUAAGGGAGGAAAUAAUAAGAGUGUUAAGAAUAGUAUGUUUGUUCUUUCUUUGAUUCAUAUACAGACAGGCCAUGGAUGUUUGAUUGUGUAACUGGGCAGGAAAGUUCCAGGCGAGAUCCUGGGAGGAAUUGAUCUGAAAUUGAAGGCUAAUCAUCACGAAAUAGAACACCACCUCUAUAUCCUAAUUUCCCAAUACCUCAAAGCAAAUCCCACCACUGAAGCAGCUGCAAUCCGCGUACGUGUCCCAGGCGUCCCAGUACCGGAUGCGAAGAAGCCCUAUCCAAAACCUGCGAUUCCAAAAGGUCGAAUAAUGGGCGAUAUCCUACCAUAUUAUAGUCCUGCACUAUCAGGAGGUGGUAUCAGCGACAACUUCUUCAAAGAUAUGAUGGCUGAGAUGCAGAGUGUUGGAGGGAUGCCAGGCGGCGGCGGUAUGCCUCCAGGAAUGCCAGAUAUGGCGGCUCUGCAGGGUAUGAUGGGAGGAAUGGGUGGAAUGGGAGGUGCGGGUCCCAGUGCUGGACCGAGCGAGAAGAAAAAGGAUAAGAAGAAGAAGAUUAAGGCAUGA